UGUUUAUGAGGUUAGAUGCUCAUGGCACGAGAUGCACAUGGCACACUUCUUUAUGAACAAAAAUACAUAAUAUCAUCUUCUUCUUCACUUCUCACUGAAAUAACAUUUUCCUAUAAAUAUUCUUGUUAUAUUUUUCACUUCCUCACAAACCAAUAUCACUACUAAAUGUCGAACUUGAAAGGUGAAACCAACGUUGAAAAGCCACUGCAUGUUGCUGUUUUAACAUUCCCAUUUGGCACACACGCAGCCCCACUUCUUAGCCUUGUGACAAAAAUUGCAGAAGAAGCUCCCAAUGUCACUUUUUCAUUCUUCAGCACAGAGAAAUCAAAUGCAACCCUAUUUUCUAGUUCAAAUGAGUUUCUUCUUCCUAACAUAAAACACUAUAAUGUUCAUGAUGGGUUACCGGAAGGUUAUGUGCCUUCCGGCCAUCCAGCUGAACCGGUUUUUCUCUUCAUUAAGGCAAUGCAAGAGAGUUUUAAAAGUGGUAUAGAUGAAGCUGUGAAAGAGACAGGGAAGAAGAUUACCUGUUUGGUUACGGAUGGUUUUUAUUGGUUUGGUGCUGAUCUUGCUCAUGAGAUGAAUAUCAAAUGGGUUCCUUUUUGGACUGCUGGACCUCACGCCCUUCUUACCCAUUUCUACACAGAUCUUAUCAGAGAAAAAUUGGGAACCAACAAAGUGGAUGAUGUCAAAACUGCCAAUUUUGUACCUGGCUUUCCUGAGCUAGAGGCUUCUGAUUUGCCUGAAGGGAUAAUAGAUGAUAUUAAUGGACCAUUUUCAAUAUUGAUACACAAAGCGGGAAUAGAGUUACCUCGAGCAACUGCGAUUACAAUAAACUCAUUUUCUUCCAUACAGCCUAUUGUUGAGAAUGAGUUGAAUUCCAAGUUCAAAUUGUUACUUAAUGUUGGUCCUUUUAUCUUGACAACACCACAACGUACGAUUUCCGAUGAACAUGGUUGUUUAUCAUGGUUGAAUAAACACGAGAAAUACUCAGUAGUGUAUAUAAGCUUUGGAAGCUCGAUAAUACCCCCGCCUCACGAACUCGCUGCAUUGGCGGAGUCUUUAGAAGAAUGUGGAUUUCCGUUUCUUUGGGCCUUUAGGGGCAAUCCAGAGGAACAGUUUCCAAAGGGGUUUAUAGAAAGGACAAGAACAAGAGGAAAAAUUGUUGCAUGGGCUCCUCAAGUGGAAAUCCUUAAACAUUCAUCGGUUGGUGUUUGUUUGACGCAUUCUGGUUGGAAUACAGUGUUGGAUUGUAUUGUUGGUUGUGUACCAAUGAUUAGUAAACCGUUUUUUGGAGAUCAGAAGAUGAAUGGAAGAAUGAUAGAAAGUGUUUGGGAGAUUGGUGUCACCGUUGAUAAUGGACUUUUGACUAAAGAAUCGAUCAUGAAAGCUUUGGAAGUCACCAUGUCAAGUGAGAAAGGGACGAUUAUGCGGCAGAAGAUAAUGAAACUUAAAGAGUGUGCAUUGGAAGCUGUUGGAGAAAAUGGUUCCUCUACAAAGAAUCUCAAGGCUUUGAUACAAAUUGUCACUAGUUAAAGUUUUUUUAACAUUAUUUAGGGUUGUUCAAUGGUACAAAAUUGUCACUUUGUUCACUAAAUGCAUUUGUAUCACCUUUGAAAUUAUUAGUCUUUUGAAUAAACCAUUUUGACCCUGAACAAAAUUUAUAAAUACUACA